AUGUUUCCCACAUUCGGAGUGCCUAGAUAUGUUCAUAGUGACAAUGGCAAGCGAUUUGUGUCCAAAGAUAUGAGAGAGUUUUUUGAUAUGUACGAUAUUAAUCAUGUAACCACAGGCUUUUAUGCUCCCCAUUCGAAUGCGUCCGAACGUGUAAAUCGUGAAAUCGUUACGAAGAUUAGAUGUUUUCUACAGGAUCACAAGGACCAUAGGGAUUGGGAUAGAUAUAUUCCACAAAUUUUAAGCAUAUUACGUAGUGAUUUUCACACCUCGAUUCAGUGUUCUCCCUAUUUUGCCGUAUUCGGACAAAAUAUGAUCCAGCACGGAUCCACAUAUAAAAUUUUGGAUAAACUUGGUUGCAUACCCGGUGAGGAUUUCAAUGUCAUUGAUCGAUCUGAUAAGCUAGCAAAACUUAGAGGAAAAUUGCGUGAAAAUUUGAAUAUCGCACAUACGAAGGCAAUGAAAACCUACAAUCUUAGAAGUAGGCCCAUCGAAUUUGAAAAAGACGAAAUCGUAUUCAGAAAAAACCACAUAUUAAGCGAUAUGUCGAAGCAUAUUAAUAGAAAAUUCUUGCCCAAGUUUGUUAAAUGUAGGAUUAAGAGGAAAAUUGGAAAUAAUUUGUACGAUAUUGAAGAUUUAAAUGGUAAAUAUGUUGGAAAGUAUCACACAUCGGAUUUAAAGCGUUAA